AUGAAGGUGCCACUCGAGAUUUUGAUCUACAUAUUCACUUUGGCCACUAGGAGCAGAGGAAGCGCAGUAUCCUGGAUGUUGUAUCAACAGAGAAGCAUGCCCUGGUUCGAGAAACAACUUUAUGAAAAAGUUUUACUUUCAGAUGAAGACGAGGCUUCUUUGUUCGUACAAUGCCUGCGCCGUCGGCAAUUGUGCGAGGAAUUUGCAGAGACAGUCAUCAAAGCCAUCUCGCUCUCCGGAGACAUAAAUGUCGUCACCAUAAUGGAUAUCCUAUCACUCUGUAAAGGAAUCAAAAAUCUUUCCCUGCGUCCCCAAAACGAUUUUCUUGAAGAUGAGGUGGCACCCCUCCUACAAUUGCUGGACACCUUACCCCUCAAGGUACUAUCUCAUCAAAUCGGCGUCCCUUUCACUUCCUCUUUGAUCUCUAAUGUCACGCUCUUCGCAAAAAUCACCCAUCUUGAGGUCGACGAUCCUAACAUGCUUCGGGAUGUUCAAAUGUCAUGCUUUCCUCAGCUGACGCAUCUCUCCCUGUGGGGUUCCUCGUACAAAUCAGGAACAAAUAUACCGUCUUUGGUGAAAAAUAUCCUCGCCAAUGCAACCCUUGAAGUCAUAAUAUUCCGCGUCGAGCAACACCAGCAAUUCGCAGACUUCCUGAAUAUCCACGAGCUAAAUGACCCUCGCAUCGUGCUCGCAACCUCAAGAAUAUAUUUGUGGGAUGAUCUCGGGCGUUCAUGUAUGCUAUUCUGGGAGCUAGCCGAAGAAAAGGCGAAAUCGCCCAAUCCUAAUCACAACAAUCAUCGCUGCUUUACAAGGUCUGCCCUGACCAACGGAGUCAGGGAUUUCAUGGGCAUCGAGAGGGUACCGGAAGAUCACCUGGACUAUGAGAUUGUUCGGGCCAAUGUAAUCGGCGAGGACGGUAGGGUACGAACCGCUUAUUUCGGUAACGCUCCUGGCUCUAGCAUAUUCACGGAGGAGAGCGAUGAUGACAUGGACACGGACGAGGACUACAGUGAUGAUGACAUCGACGAGGAUGAAACUCAAGAUGGCACUGAGGAGUAG